UGUAGUUUUACUUCCGGAGGGUGGGGCGUCUGUUGCAGGAGCGGUUCGUAUUCGGAGAGCCAAUGCCUCUGCUUGCGCUGUUAAAGCAGUCAGCAAGAUAACACCAACCAAGGGCAGUUAAUCGAUUCCUGCUUUGGAAAGCUGGUUGGAGAAUUCAUAAGGACCACGAGGAAGACAGAUAUGCUGCAAUGAAAACCUGCCUUUGCUUACAUUAAGCUGUGAAGUUGUGCCUGUGUGUGGGUGUGUGUGUGUGUGUGUGUGUAUGUGUGUGUGUGUGUGUGUGUAUGUGUGUGCGCUCGAGUGUACACUUGUUUGAGUGUGUAAGAGAAGCACAAAGAAGAAUCUGGUGAUGGCUGCCAAUAAAGGUAAAAACCAGAGUUCGCUGGUACUGCACAAAGUGAUAAUGGUGGGAAGUGGAGGCGUGGGGAAGUCUGCGCUCACGCUUCAGUUCAUGUAUGAUGAGUUUGUGGAGGACUAUGAGCCCACCAAAGCAGACAGCUACAGGAAGAAGGUGGUCCUGGAUGGGGAGGAAGUCCAGAUCGACAUCCUGGACACAGCUGGUCAGGAGGACUACGCUGCUAUCAGGGACAACUAUUUUCGCAGCGGGGAGGGCUUCCUGCUCGUCUUCUCCAUCACAGAGCGCGAGUCCUUCACUGCUACUGAUGAGUUCAGGGAGCAGAUCUUGCGGGUGAAGGCAGAAGAGGACAAGAUUCCUCUCCUACUGGUAGGAAACAAAUCGGACCUGGAGGAACGUCGGCAGGUCUCGGUGGACGAAGCUCGUGGCAAGGCCGAUGAGUGGGGAGUCCAGUAUGUAGAGACGUCGGCCAAAACUAGAGCCAACGUGGACAAGGUUUUCUUUGACCUGAUGCGUGACGUACGGGGCAAGAAAAUGUCCGAAAACAAGGACAAAAACGGGAAAGGAAAAAAUAAGAAGAGCAAGAAGAGUUUCAGAGAGAGAUGCUGUUUACUUUGAGCUCUACAUGGACCUAAACAAAUCACAAUACAAAUGUCAUGCAGACGUCUUCGCCAUCUAAAUAAAAUUUGAUCUGAUGAUUUUUUUUUCCAAUAGCUUGUUAUAGAUUAGUGUCUAGAACAAUCUCAACCACUUUGCUGCCAAUUUUAAUGACUGAAAUCUGGCUUAGGGUCUAAUUGGAAGAUGACCGCUGUUGACUGUGACUUGGAUUGCAGUGUUUGAUGGCUCACAGUAAACUAAUGGCCAAACUGCCAGUGACACUAACUCUGCUGCUCAAGACAUUCUCCACUGUUUUAACUCUGAAUCCUACUACCUUUAACAUUGGCUCAGUGUAUGUUUUGUUAGCAGGGCUCCUCAUUUCUUCAGUUGCUCUGAAUCUUAAGGCUUUCUUUUAGUUUGUUUCUUUUUUUCCUGUCAGUUCAUUGAUUUACAAGGAACUCUAAUGCUGCUGUAUGUCAUGUUUGUAAUUAUUGAUAAUGGCAUUCGCUGCCCUUUUCUAUUGAACAUGUUGGCCUCCACCAUUAGUCUGUUCAGAGUUGUGUCCUAAAAAAAAUCAGCCUGUUUUGGGAUUGUUUUUUUUUUUAUUAUUAUUAUUAUUAUUAUUAUUAUUAUUAUUAUUAUUAUUAUUAUUAUUAUUUCCUCCAGUUCAACCUAGGGUUUGUGAUUUUUUUUUAAUUUUUUUUUUUUUUUUAGAAGAAAGGAUUAUUGAGUGCAAAGCAAUCAGAAAGAGGUGUUGCCAAACAGGGUAAUUUCACUAGUCAGAUUUAACUGCCCUGACAUUAUUCCCACAAGUCAUUCAUUAAAAAAUGCUUUGCAGGUUUUUAGGAAGGAGAAUGAAAAUCUCAGUGUAUCACUCAUUCUGACCUGGCAGAGCUUCAUGUAUAUAUUUUAGCAUUUGUUAAAUAGAUUGUGAUGAGAUCAUUCGUGAGUUGUUGGUCGGUGAGGAGAAAGCCAACCUGACGUACCUCUUGGUGCUGCAUUGUCUUUGUGUAAUCUGACUCUUACAGUGCAGAUUGUUUCCUGCCAAACUCAAGGAUUUUUUUUUUGGGGGGGGGGGUCAUUGCUGUAGUGACUGUUGACAAUCCAGGAUACCAGCCUGUUUCUGCAUUAUCAUCAAUGUGUUCUGAUGUUCUUUUAUU